AUGCAAAGCCCAAGAAUACAGCUGGACAUGCACAGGCCCAAUUCAUGGGUCUCGCAUGAGCUCACUACGCUCAAGACGCUUGGACUUGUGCUCAAAUCCAGCAUGAGCAUCACCAGACCGGAUCCCAAGUUGGAUGAAGGACUGCAUGUGUCGUCUUCAGGUGUACACCACGGGGGAACGAUCAAGGUGAUUGUGGCUGGCCUCCCCCGAACCGGCACAAUGAGCAUGAAAAAAGCCCUCGAAGAACUCGGCUACAAAAAUUGCUUCCACCUCGCCGAGCCCCUCUGCCAAUUCACCAACCUUCACCUAAGCGCCAGAAUCGUCAACACCAAGAAUACCGCCCUUCGACGGCAAAAACUCGCCCGCCUACUCCAAGGCCACGAGGUCACUCUCGAAGUCCCCGGGAGUGCCUGUCUCCCGGACCUACUGGAGAUGUACCCGGAAGCCAAGGUCGUUCUUACAGAACGCACAUCAGCAGCUCUCUGGCUGAGAUCAUGGCGCGGAUUUGGAAUUGACCUGCGCUCUGAUUGUUUCCGGUGGAUCGGAUACUGGGUGCCCGGUGUUGUUUCGGCGAAUGAUCUUUACCGGGGAUGGAUGCGGUUGGCCUCCGAGCGGUUUGGGCUGGCUCCUGAGCCGUCGGAGGCAUUGUACCAUGCGCAUAAUAAUUGGGUCAAGUCUAUCGUGCCGCAGGAUAGACUUUUGGUGUUUAAGUGUCAGGAUGGGUGGGAGCCGCUGUGUAGGUUUUUGGGUAGGCAGCGGCCUAAUCUGUUCCCACAUGGCAAUGAGGCGGGGCAUUUAAGGUAUUAUAAGCGCGUGGCUAUGGCGCUCGGGAUUGCAUUGUGGUUGAUUGUUCUGGCCUUGUCUUUUCUCGUGGUGUCGUUGUGA